AUGGCCGCGCAUUUACCAAUUUUACGGCCACUGGCCAGCGUGAGGUCGAGCAGCAGCUUUUUCAGCCUGACGCAGCCUGUCGCUCGCUCGCUGACGACGAAAUGGACACCGCGGCCAAAGCCACAACCUCUGCCGGAGAAGUUGCCAGCUUCAUAUCUGUCACAACUCCCCGAAAGACUGAGACCGCAACCACCCAAAAAAAAAUGGAAAAUCGUGGAAUCGCCAAAAGCGAUAUCAUCGACGUGCAACACCCCCGUUGAGGCAGUGGCGGAGGCUCAGAUGGCAGUUCUCGACCCGACCGGUGAUCGCAGGGCUCUUUUCGACUACCGACGGAGCACGCGCAGUGUCAGGCCCGGCGACAUCAUUCGCGUGACGUUCAAGAGCGGCGACCCCUUCUCCGGCAUUUGUCUGAGCAUUCGGUCUCGAGGUAUCGACACGUCGGUCCUGCUGCGAAACCAGUUGACCAGGGUUGGCGUGGAGAUGUCGAUCAAGGUGUUCAGUCCUAAUGUGGAGGGCGUGGAGAUUGUCCAGAGAACCGAGAAGAGGAAGAGGAGAGCACGUAUCUACUACAUGCGGCAACCCAAGCACGAUAUUGGCACCGUCGAAGGUAUUGUCAACAACUACCUGCGCAAAAAGUCCGCCAUGUCUGGUCGAUCAUAA